UGCCGUUUUUUCUCUUCGCUGCGUGGCCUUGGGCGAGCCGGGUCCUCUGCGGAGAGCGCCCCGCCCUCUGUGAAGGCCCGCCCGGGAAUUGGCGGCGGCGCUGCAGCCAUUUCCGGUUUCGGGGAGGUGGGUGGGGUGCGGAGCGGGACUUGGAGCCGCCGCCGCCGCUGCCGCUGCCGCCGCCCACAGAUCCUGCCUUGCGCCUGGUGCUGCCAGGAAGAUGCGGCCGGGGCCCGGAGGCUGCUGCUGUCGCCGCACGGUGCGGGCGAAUGGCUGCGUGGCGAACGGGGAAGUACGGAACGGGUACGUGAGGAGCAGCGCCGCAGCCGCAGCCGCCGCCAGCCAGAUCCAUCAUGUUACACAAAAUGGAGGACUAUAUAAAAGACCGUUUAACGAAGCUUUUGAAGAAACACCAAUGCUGGUUGCUGUGCUCACAUAUGUGGGGUAUGGUGUACUCACCCUCUUUGGAUACCUUCGAGAUUUCUUGAGGCAUUGGAGAAUUGAGAAGUGUCACCAUGCAACAGAAAGAGAAGAACAAAAGGACUUUGUGUCAUUGUAUCAAGAUUUUGAAAACUUUUAUACAAGAAACCUGUACAUGAGAAUAAGAGACAACUGGAAUCGGCCAAUCUGUAGUGUGCCUGGAGCCAGGGUGGACAUCAUGGAGAGACAGUCUCAUGAUUAUAACUGGUCCUUCAAGUAUACAGGGAAUAUAAUAAAAGGUGUUAUAAACAUGGGUUCCUAUAACUAUCUUGGAUUUGCACGGAAUACUGGAUCAUGUCAAGAAGCAGCUGCCAAAAUCCUAGAGGAAUAUGGAGUUGGAGUGUGCAGUACUCGGCAGGAAAUUGGAAACCUGGACAAGCAUGAAGAACUAGAGGAGCUUGUAGCAAGGUUCUUAGGAGUAGAAGCUGCUAUGGCGUAUGGCAUGGGAUUUGCAACGAAUUCAAUGAACAUUCCUGCCCUUGUUGGCAAAGGUUGCCUGAUUCUGAGUGAUGAGCUGAACCAUGCAUCACUGGUUCUAGGAGCCAGACUGUCAGGAGCAACCAUUCGAAUCUUCAAACACAACAAUAUGCAAAGCCUGGAGAAGCUAUUGAAAGAUGCCAUUGUUUAUGGUCAGCCUCGGACACGAAGGCCCUGGAAGAAAAUUCUCAUCCUUGUGGAAGGAAUAUAUAGCAUGGAGGGAUCUAUUGUUCGUCUUCCUGAAGUGAUUGCCCUCAAGAAGAAGUACAAGGCAUACUUGUAUCUGGAUGAGGCUCACAGCAUUGGCGCCUUGGGCCCCACAGGCCGGGGUGUGGUGGACUACUUUGGCCUGGAUCCUGAGGAUGUGGAUGUUAUGAUGGGAACAUUCACAAAGAGUUUUGGUGCUUCUGGAGGAUAUAUUGGAGGCAAGAAGGAGCUGAUAGACUACCUGCGCACACAUUCUCAUAGUGCAGUGUAUGCCACGUCAUUGUCACCUCCUGUAGUGGAGCAGAUCAUCACCUCCAUGAAGUGCAUCAUGGGGCAGGAUGGCACCAGCCUUGGUAAAGAGUGUGUACAACAGUUAGCUGAAAACACCAGGUAUUUCAGGAGACGCCUGAAAGAGAUGGGCUUCAUCAUCUAUGGAAAUGAAGACUCUCCAGUAGUGCCUUUGAUGCUCUACAUGCCUGCCAAAAUUGGCGCCUUUGGACGGGAGAUGCUGAAGCGGAACAUCGGUGUCGUUGUGGUUGGAUUUCCUGCCACCCCAAUUAUUGAGUCCAGAGCCAGGUUUUGCCUGUCAGCAGCUCAUACCAAAGAAAUACUUGAUACUGCUUUAAAGGAGAUAGAUGAAGUUGGGGACCUAUUGCAGCUGAAGUAUUCCCGCCAUCGGUUGGUACCUCUACUGGACAGGCCCUUUGACGAGACAACAUAUGAAGAAACAGAAGACUGAGCCUUUUUUGGUGCUCCCUCAGAGGAACCCUUCCUCACCCAGGACAGCCUGUGGCCUUUGUGAGCCAGCUCCAGGAACCACACUUCUAUGGCCAUCUCAUGUGACAUUGCCUCAACUACUGAAGGUGGCCACCUCCACUCUAAGUGACAUUUUGUAAAUAGUAAAAAACUGCUUCAAAUCCUUCCUUUGCUAAGUCUCACCUUUAAAAACGAAGGUGACUCACUUUACUUUUUCAGUCCAUUAAAAAAACAUUUUAUUUUGUAACCA